AUGCGUCCGUCCCGCACCGGACGUUCCCGCCGCCGCGCCCGCUCCAAUCGGCGCGCGCCACGUGGCAAGCCGCCGCUCCCGCGCCGCCGGCCCGCGAGCCCGCAGCCGGCCCGCCGCCAGGACGAACCCGGGCCGUGCCUCCGCCCCGCGCGGCUCCCCGUUCCUGCGUCGCCCGCGCCCCAGCGCCUCCCCGCCCGCGUCCCGACCGCCGACCACCGCCGACGCCUCCGCCGACCGCCGCCGCUGCACCUCUCGCGCCGGCGCCCGUACCCGUCGCCGGCCACCGCCGCCUCCCCGCGCCUCCUCGUCGCCAGCGCCUCCUCCGGCGAGGUCCGGCCGUCUCCGGCGCCCCCCCUCGCCGGCCACGAGCUCCGGCCGCCCCGUCCUCCUACUCUGGUGAACCUCGAAGUUCGUGCCCGAAGCCCCCAGAUCCAGAUCCAAAACGACGGUUGA